AUGGCGGGAGGCAACAGCGAACAAAAAGUACUCCUGGAUGUUUUCCUCCAGAAGAUACGGCAGAAGGACGAAGAGAUUGAGGGCAUGCGAAAGCAGAAGCGCGACGACGACGCAGCCCUCCGUAUCGCUCACGAGAGGAUCGCUCAGCUUGAGAAGCAGAUAAAGAAGCAGAUAGCGAUAAAAGCACAGCCCUGGCGAAGAGGAGAGCACAACAACGAUGAGCCUAGCCGGUCUUUCGCCAGUAAGGUAAAGUCCACUGCUGACGCUUCCACUGGCAAGGCGCUCAAUGGCAAACAACCAGUUAUGCCCACUACAAAAGCAUCCCUAUCGUCCGAGAAGUGCCAAAUCCCCGGCAAAAAAAGGAGAAAACACUGGUACGAUUCCUGGUACAAGGUCGAAACGAAAAUAGUCUAUAGCAACGACGAAGUCCUUGAGAUGGAGCUCCCAUGUUUCGACUCAAAGUUCGAUCACAUCGGAAUAGCUCGCCCAGCAGAGAACCCUGACGAUCGGCACACAGAGUGCCGCUAUUGCCUUCAAUUUUACAUAAAAGAGGACUUGUGGGAUCACGUGGACGUCUGCAGGGCUUUCUGGAAUCUUGCCGUACGCUGUGGGCACUGUGGCAGGAUCUUCAAACUCAACGACGCUUUCUACGGCCUGCAUGCUCCGGAGUGCAAGGUGAAAUCGCAGGAUACCGAGUUCUCUGGGUAUCACUAUACGCUGGCGAGGGCUGGGGUCUGA